GCAUGUAUCAAAUCAAUACACUUAAAAAUCUUUGACUCGAAUAUAUAUACAUGUAUCAAAUCAAAGAUGAUAUGAGAUUGAAAAAAAUAGAAAAGGUUCAUCUCAUCUGAUUGAUAUUUGAUGCUGCAUGGGACUCAUAAUAUAUCCUUGUGAUCAGAAAUAAUGGAAUUCAUGAAAUAUAUAGCAACCUUUUCCACUGUUUAUUAGUUCAAUGAUGUGAUGGUUGAAGGCAUAAACAAACCACAUUUGUAGGCUAAUGUAGUACUGUUCAUCCUAUUACAAAGAGAGGAACCAAAUGGGCAAUGCUACAUAAAUUAUAUGCUUUUGGUGCAGAUGGAAGUCAUUCUGAAAGAGAGAUGACGGGAGAGCAGGUAGCUAUGCAGGAGAGAAAUAUUCUGGUUGAAUGAAUGGUGGGCCCCAAGCUUUUGGAUCACAACGAAUGUUCUUAGUUAUAGGAUGGUAAAACCAGAACUUAGUAGUAUUAUAGUGUGGGACAAACCAGAGUUCUACAAAAUCCAAAACAAAAGGAUAACAACAUUAAUUGCUUUAUUUUUCUUCAAGGAAUUACAUAUCAUCAAUCUCUCUCUAGAUGCUUACACUCCCACUCAGAAGCUAUUCUCUUCAUCCUAUGGUAGACUGCUAUAAAUACCUUCCAUUCCCUCUGCCUUUCCCUUCAAGUCUUGUUCAGCUUCCUUAAUUAAUUGCCUUUUUGUUUGAGUAGUAGUCUUUCAACCAUCAUGGACUACAGAGUUGAGUCUUCAGAAACUCUGAGGAACAAGUGUGCAGCAUGCUACAGACAAUUCAACAAAAUCGAGCACUUAGUGGAGCACAUGAGAACCUCAUAUCACUCAGCUCAUGAACCCACAUGUGGAAUCUGUAAGAAACAUUGCAGAUCCUUUGAAUCUCUCAGGGAACAUCUUAUAGGGCCAUUGCCAAAACAAGAAUGCAGGAAUAUAUUCAGCACCAGAGGAUGCAAAUUCUGCUUAGCUAUCCUUGACAGCCCUUAUGCUCUCAGGGUUCACCAGGACAGAUGCCAACUCUCUGGUGUAAAUGCUGGCCUACUUGGUCGCUUUGCUAAUUUGGGCAUUCGUGACAAUACUGAAAAUGGUAGCACAAGAGGCACCCAAGUUGUUGCACUUGCUUGUAAAAUGGUUGGUGGGGGCAGUGAUGGCUCCCUGGAUCUGUGCGCAAAGGUCUGCCUCAUCGACGAAUACGAAAACAUCAUCUUCCAGUCUUAUGUCAAGCCACUACUUCCGGUCACAAACUAUAGGUAUGAAACAACUGGCAUUCGUCCUGAAUACUUAAGGGAUGCAAUGCCUCUGAGGCAAGUGCAAAAGAAGAUUCAAGACUUCCUCUGCAAUGGGGAACCAAUGUGGAAGAUUCGACCUAGAGGCGGAAAAGCUAGGAUUCUUGUGGGGCAUGGUUUGGAUCAUGAUCUUGACUCUUUGCAGGUAGAAUAUCCACAAGUAAUGAUCAGGGAUACUGCAAAAUACCCUCCAUUGAUGAAAACAAGCAAGCUCAGCAACUCACUCAAGUAUCUAACACAAGCAUAUCUUGGGUAUGACAUUCAAACUGGCAUUCAAGACCCUUAUGAGGAUUGUGUUGCAACAAUGAAGCUCUACAUGAGAAUGAGGUCCCAAGUUCAUAAGAUAGAGGCUUACCCACUAGCUUCUGACCCACAAAACAGGAACAACUUUGCAUCAUGGCGCCAAAAUGAGCUCGAGAGGAUGAGCCCAGAACAAAUGCUGGAAGCCUCAAGGUCUGAUUACUAUUGUUGGUGUCUGGACUCCAGGGAUAUGUAG